GAAUAAGUCUUUUAGUUAGAUUCUAUGUUGUAAUAAUUAUUUGAACUGCUUAUACUUUGUGCACACUCUUGUUUUUCACCAGAGCAUGUUUUGCUUUAUCUACUUUGGUAAUUCUCUUUUACUCAUGAAUUGGUGGAUGUACUUACAGGCGAUGGAAUGGCUACAAUCACAGCAACCCGUUGUGUAGUGAAUAAUCAUUUGACUAAUUUCAAUUAUCAUCAUUUAUCAAGUGUUAUUAAGUAUCUGAAUAAUCAGCAACAACAUCAAAAAACGUGGACAACCAAUAAUGCAUUGUCAAUAUCUCAGAGGUAUUUUGAAAAAAUAUCGCCAGCAACAGCUGGAAUACCAGCUCUUGUUAAUCAAAAUUUCUAUGAUAUGCAGGACUCUGGAUCAGAUGCAUCAGGUCAUGAUGGUUAUGGAAGGCAUAGAAGACAUAAUAGAGAUAAGGAACCUAUUUUUCAAUGUCCAGACUGUGAAAAGAGAUACCGUUCUAAAACAAGCUUGAGCUUGCAUAAACGUUUAGAAUGUGGUAAGGAACCUGCAUUCCAAUGUCCGUAUUGCCCGCUCAAAACUCACCAGAAAGGUAAUCUACAAGUACAUAUAAAAAAGAAACAUAAUGACCAUGGAGAACUGAAUAGGACUUACUAAAAUAAUUUUUAAAAAAUUACUUGUAUAACUAUAACUUCAUAAGUAGAUUAGUAGUGCCAAACUCUUUGAGUUAUCAAUUAUUUAUUAUUAAUACUACAUUAAGUAAAAUAGAAAAAAAGUCCCUGUAAGUGUAAUUUAAAUUUCAAAUGCUCCACCACUAUGUCUAUCCAUUAGGUUAUCUGAUAAUUUAUUUAUAUUAAUGAUAUGGUUACUUGGAUUUUAAAAUAUCCUUGUUUACUACUUUCACUUCUCAUGUGCCCCAUUUGAAUUAAAAAUUGACUGGAAUAAUAACCAAUAUAUGACUGAUAGUAUUCUAUAUCUUAGUGAUAAUUUAGAUAAAUAUUCUCGAAAAUUAUAUGUAUUUAUGUUGGAUCUAAUAUUAAACACUGAUUACAAACACUCAGGGUGACACCGUGUACAAUUAUAAUGGUGACUAAGUACAUUUUAAAAUGAAAAAAAGCUUGCUCAUAGAUACUACACUCAAGUGUUGUUAAAAGUUUCUAAUGGCAACACAUAUUAGACAAAAUCUUUAUUUAUUUAUUUUUUAUUCCUUUAUUAAAUGACUGAAUAAAUGUUAAAUUAGAAGAAUGAUUAUUAUAUUUAUAUCAAUUUUAAUUAAGUUCAUUGUUCCGUAUAGUGUAAUAGAUUAAUAUUUUCAAUAAAACUGUUUAAUUCAGUACAAAAUAAAAUGAAGG